AUGCUUCCCGAGAAAGAAGCUAGUGAAUGGCAAGAGUUUGUAACAUCUUUAAGAAACUUAAAUGACAUUAACAUAGAAAGAUGUAUUGUCAUUCCAAACGCGGAAGUGAAUGAGCUUCAUGGAUUCUGUGAUUCGUCUGAAAAGGCACAUGGUGCUGCAACAGUCAAUUCAGCGGGUGACGUGAAAGUGAAGCUAAUCGCGAGUAAAUCUCGUGUGUCACCAAUCAAGCAGGUAACUAUACCUCGUUUAGAAUUAUGCAGUGCCGUUCUGCUCACCAAAUUGAUGCAGAAGGUAAAAAAUGCAUUAAAAAUGGAUAUUACGUCAUUAUCAUAUUAUUCGGACUCUACAAUCGUGCUUUCGUGGAGGAGAAAAUAG